ACAGGUGCCGGUUUUACACUGUUAAAUUAUAUAGAAAAAACGCAAGGGGGGGAAUGAAAACUGGCCGUUUACAGAAGUGACCGUCUUAUAGAGGUGGCCGUCAGGGUAGGUUCGACUGUAUUACCAAACAGCAGAAAAAUUUCUGUUUUUCGAUUUCAUUGAUUUGACAAGCACCUUCUUGUCUUGUUUCAUCGCGAUGCCUCACUUUUGUGUUUUUCCUAAGCAGGACAGCUAUUACUUUAAAUUUUUUAGCAUAAAUUAUCUUUUUCUUUUUCAGCACCUAGAGGCAAAGAGCAUAUAAAUAAUGUCACUGUCUGGGGAGGCCGUGCUCUUUGCGUCCAGUCCCAGUGACAAAAAGGCACAAGAAGCAGCUCGCAGAGAGCGGAAACGUAGGAAGGUGGUCAAGGAACUUUUUGAGACUGAAAAAACAUAUCUGCACCAUUUGGAGCUGGUGCACAAAUUCUUUGACUUCCCCUUGAGGUUUGCAUGUCUAGUUCCGGAUGAUGUUCACGCUAGACUCUUCAGCAAUUUGGAGCAGAUUCGUGAAGUCAAUGCCACCUUGCAGGAGCAGAUGGAGCAAUCGACUGUAGGGCAAGCCUUCUCCCAGCUGGGGCCCUUUCUCAAACUGUACUCCCUCUAUGCCAACAACCAUCAGAGUGCUUUGAACACCUUACAAGAGUGGCAGCAGAAGAGCACAGAGUUUGCAGAGUUUGUCAGCAGACAAGAGAGCAGACCAGAAGUGAUGGGUCUCAAGCUGCCAGCUCUGCUCAUUACUCCAGUGCAGAGAAUACCCAGGUACAAGUUGUUGCUUGAAGAGCUUUUGAACAGCACCCCAGUAGAACAUCAUGAUUAUGAAAAACUAAGGGAGGCUGCAGACAAGCUUGCUGAAAUUGCCUCUCACAUCAACGAACAUAUCAGGCAAAACGAAAACUUCAUGAAGAUGCUGGCUAUACAGAGGAGCUUCGACAGUUCUGCACCUAAACUGCUGGCUCCUGGAAGGCAAUUCAUAAAGGAAGGUCCACUGAAAAAGAUGUCACGAAAAGGUGGCAAGUCCUUUGAACGGAUGUUCUUCCUAUUCUCGGAUAUACUUCUGUACGGCAAACCAAAGUUCCUAGAUGGCGGUGGUAGAUCCUACACUUGUUCAUGUGUGUUGCCUCUCAGGCAUUGCAAAGUAGAGCCAGUUUUCAUCACCAACUUCAGCAAAUCUGACGCAGGUGGCGUUUUCAAGAUCACCUGCAAAGAGGAGAGUCUGGUGCUCUACUCAGAGGACCAGGGCAACGCCAAAGAGUGGAGUGCUCAAGUGGAGAAGGCCAUCAGAAAACUCUGUGACGAUCGACAGACGCUUCGCAAGCCCAGCAGCAACAAGAUUCCACUGAGAGGGCGUUCUUUACGAAAGCACAGGCAAAAGCAGAAGAAGACAGAUAUUAAGAUACCUGGGAAAACACCCUUGAGGCCCCUGUCUCAGGUGAGCAACUUCAGCGAGGAUAAUGAAGACUCUGACAGCUCUCCGAUGGUCAAGGCCCGGCUGGAUCCGCUGAGGCGACACUUUCGACAGGCCUACAGCAACGACCUGUCGCAGAUACAAGACACUACCGGAGUGGAUGAAAACGACUCUGCUGGCCCUGGCUCCCCUCAGGGUUCACCAGUGUUGAGGAAAAAGAAACGAGUUGACACUACAGCCAGCAGCGAUGACAUAUCAGGCGUGUCACUUUCGGAUGAAUCAGGGUCGAUGCAGGACAGUGUGUCAUAUCGUAGCAGCCUGAGGUCGGGCGACAGUCAGGAAAGUAUCAGCGGUGUGAGCACGGCUGCUGCGGGGCAGCAAGGCGAUGCAAGGCAGAGCUUGAGACAGUACAGUUUCUCUCUGAGGGGAAGCCGGGGCCAGCUGGAGCCUGGCCAUGUGGUCAAGCAGAGAAUGACAAGGAGCCAAGAGAACAUUGCAGACGGAUACGAUGAGGAGCAUGAUAUAGAACAGCACCAGCACCCCGCCGUGUCCUCCCUGGUGAAAUCGACGGCCCUCACGAGCUCCUCGGCCUCAGUGUGGUUCCCACCUAACAGCCCCGCUCACAAGUACCAGCAACGCAAGACCAUCAACAUGAAGCUGAGGUCUUAUUUUAAACGAUUUAAGAAGGCAAGGAAAGAUAUGACUGACCACUGCUCACCAUUCAAGCCUACUGACAGCAAGCAACAGGCCAGGUACUGACCGAGGAGAUGAUCAUGAGACAGUGGAAAAAACCCAAACUAGUUUUUGGCAUGGAAUUUUUUUAAAACUCAAAUUCUACAGAUAUCCUUCUAAUAUAACUGCUGUUAGUACUGAUAGUGUUUUAUUGAGCUACACUUAAUAUUUUUUUAUAAUUGAUAUGGUAUCUUUUUAGGUCUCACAUGUACUGUUCAAAAACUGGGUUGUUGUUUUUUUAACCCAAGCUAUAAUAAAGUUAAUCUUGGAAAGAGUUGAGGGUAUGUCUAUUUACAAUUUAGUGCCAGCCGUGUAUUUGAUUGGUACCCAGGUGUUGAUUGCUCCUUUUUUGGAUUUUUCAAAUCCAUUUCUUGUGCCUUCCAUAGUGCUGCUCCCUGUAAACUGCGACCCAACUACCCCUUAUUAUUGUAAUGAAUAAAAAUCAUAGUUUGAAGCUGUAUACAAAAAAUAUCGAAGAAUAAAUGUUAUUUGACUUCAAGCUCCUGGUAUGAGCAUUCAUCUCAACACUAGCGUCUGUUGAAUAAUGAUUAUGCUUCUCGCCUUGGAAGCAAAAGAUGUGAUUCCGAAUCAGAUUCUCAUAUGUUGGGGGGGGGGGGGGGGGUAGUUUUGUGGUAGUGUUGUUGAAUCCUUCUGUCUUUCUACUCUUUGAAUAUCUCAAACGGCCCGGAAGGCCUCAGACAGACAGGAUUGGAGCAGCCUACCUCCUAAAUUGUCUCAAUUGUGUUGAUGGGGUUGUAAAACUAAAACAUUUUUCAUCAGUAACUCUUCAACCUGAUGAUUACCCCAAUGAGAUUCCUUUGAAAUUGUCUCAAGUAUCUUGUGGCUAUUUUCUCUUGCAUUCCUUCUUUGGAUCUCACCGAUGUUAAUUUACCAUAUUGAAUAUUGUGCAACAGAUAUUUAGAGAUAUGGCCUUUUUUCCUGUUACAAUGUGGUCUCUUUGAGCUAAUAGGUAGAUAAAUGCAGAUGCAUGCUGUUUGCAAGGGUGAUCUCACUCACUGAGGCUAUCCAGUUUCGGAUAUAGAGAUUUAUUAUUAGAAUUCUGCGAGUUUUAAUUGUUUGUGGGUCUUUUACAUGUUACUAUGAUGUACAGGGUUUUCAUCCCGAUCAAAGAAAAGGUCCUUGAUCUUUCUUAAUCUUUCUCUAUGAUGACGGGUGUGACAAGGAAACUAAAGUUCUGUGCUGACUAUACUUGCACAAACCAGAACUGGUAGCUCUAGAGUUAGAGGCUAGCAGUCAGUGGUUGGAAGGUGGUCUGGUGUGGUUUGCUCCUUCCUUCCUAUCAAACAUCCGUCAUCCUUUUCUCUCCUCCUUUUUUGUGUUCGUUACUCUCUUGUAACACCUCUAAUCU